AAUACCAUAAUGGCAUUGCUGAGAACAAUUAUUGGUGUGAUUAUUGUAAGAAGCGCAUCUUCUGCAAUUACUCAAAACUUUGCCUUUCAAGUGUUUCAAGUCGAAAGCUGUCCAAUGAGUAAAGUGGAUUGGGAUUCAGCUUCAAAACGUUUGAAUUGUAAUACAACACAUGGAUAUCAUUGUGUUCCGGAUAAAUACUUCACCUCACUUAUUGAGUUCUGUUAUCCCCAUGGAUACAGACUACCUUUUGAAAGAGGAAAUUGUUUGGAAUUAGCAGCAAAUGGUAUUUUGAAUCACGUCCCUUGCCACAGUACUUUUUCUAGUGGAUGUCCUUCUCAGUUCUACUUUAGCAACGAACUUUACAAAUAUCAAAAGUGUUUGUCAAUUAACACGGAGCUAGGAUGUUUCGAUGCAGAUGUACCUUGCAUUUUGGAAAAAUCGGGAUUUAACACAACAAACCACACCAUCAACUCUGUGUCUCCAGUUAAUUGCACUGCUUUGGAUAAAACACCGAGCUGCAAAACGAAUGACACCACAUGUACAGCGUCUAUCGUCUUUAUAUUUUUACUCUUUUUUAUCAUUUUUGGAAUGUGUGCCCUUUUUAUAAGAGCUAUAUACUGGAAUAAAAGAAAAGUUUAUCACUCAAAAAACCCAAAUCGGCUACUUUAA